GGGGAACCGCAUGCAGCCGGAGAGACUUCCCCCCGGUCUCGGGCUGCCUUUUGGAAACCUCCGAUGCGAUACCUACGGCGAGGAGGCCACGGGAGAGGAAACUGAGCGCAAAGCGGACCGGCAAACACACCGCGUGGGUCUAGAUGAACGGCAGAAAGGCGAGGCGGAGGCAGAGGAGGAGGGAUACCACGACGGCGGGGAGAAGGUCGGCUGUUCACCCGAGGAGCGGCAGUCCAGGCCCGGUACCAAGAGGCGCUCCAGGGCGGCCUUCUCUCACGCGCAGGUCCACGAGCUGGAGCGCCGCUUCAGCGCGCAGCGGUAUCUUUCGGGUCCCGAGCGGGCCGACCUGGCCGUGGCCCUGAAACUCACGGACACCCAGGUUAAAAUCUGGUUCCAGAACCGGAGAUACAAAACCAAACGGCGCCAGAUGGCGGCCGAGCUGGCGGCGUGCAGCCCGCCAAAGAAGGUAGCGGUCAGAGUGCUGGUGAGGGACAAUCCGAAGCAGUGCCAGCACGCGAAUGGAGUACUCGUCCCCAUGACUGUGCCACUGUGCCAGGCCUACCAGUGCUACCCCUACCUGCAGUACUACUGCCAGCCCUGGAGCACGAACAGCAUGGCGCGCAGCGGGAUGCUCUGAAGCUGUCUCUGGUGAAUCCAUGACUGCAACAAGUGUCGCUCCUAAUACAAGGUGCCUGAAUGUGUCCUAGCCGUUGGCGGCUUUCCGUUCAGGCAGUGGAUGGUGCGUUUAUGUGCGCAGAGUCCUUUCGUCACACCUUUCUGAAUGCUGUCAGACGGAUUGAGAUUGGACAGUUGGCUUUUGUUUUUUUUUUUCUUUCAGAAAAUAUAGCUGAUUUUCAGUUAUGGCUACUGUUUGUCUUGUAACCAGAAGUCAGUCUGGCCUUUUUUUAGUUCCCUUUUAAAGCAAAACAACAUCUGAAACUGACCCGCUAUUCAGAGUUUAUACAAUGCAUACAUUUCUCACCAUGACCAGUUAAAUGUAGGGAUAGGCCUAUUCUGUGAAUUGUUAUAAUCAAGGUACAUUUAGAAAAAACAUAUUUAGCCUAUAUAAGAUAUAGUCAGACAUUUUAAACGUUACCUUGCAGUGAACAUUAGUUUGGGUAUAUUGUGCAGCUCUUUUGAGACUGUCAAUUGUUUAGAUUAUUUCUGUGUGAAGAAAUCUUCAGCAGUUAAGACCGAGAUUUGAGUGUGGUCAUUAUUUUUGUAAUGAUUUACAAGGGGAAAGAAAUAAUUUAAAAAGUUCAAACUUUUUUCUCUGAUCACCUGGGUAGUGUUCUCAUAACCUUACCCAUCUACUUCAUCUAAUAUUUGCUCUAUGUAAUUAUGGAAUAUCUAUAUUUCAGGGUGUCAGAAAAAGAGGACGGGUACAUAUUUCUUCUUUUUGCUAAGUGGAGGGUAGCUUGACACAGCUGAGUUUUUUUUUAAUCACCUCAGACUAAUAUUUUAGCAUUCCCUUGUGGGAUUAAUAAUAAUAAUUUUAAAAAAUGCUGUUUCAGUUGCAAAAAUUUAAUAUUGAAUCCCCUUUUCACAGUCUUUUCUGUACAUUCCUAUAUAUAUAUAUAUAUAUAUAUAUACUAUGAAGAAAAGAAAAAAUGGUUAAAAGUGGAAUUGAAUGGGUAAUCUACAUCAUAUCCUACAGCUAAAUGUAUUUAGCUAUUCUAUAUUAUGUGAUUUGUAUUCAUUAGCACAAUUAAAUUCAAUUGGUCAAUUUAUACAUGUACUUGAAAUAAUUGCAGUGGGUCUGAGAGGAUGUAGCUGUAUGUCAUUAAUUAUCUACAAACUAUCUAGAAAAUAUAUUAAUGUUAAUAUAAUGAAUCAGGUCCCUUUUAAUUCACAGAAACAGCUCCAGAUUGGGUGCCUCAAGAGCCCAUAAGAUGAUCUAUAUGUUGCUCCCCCCCCCAAACGACUGCCAGGAACAGUCCAUUUUAAGCGACCAGGCAGAGUAGAAAGGAAUCCUGAAUUUAUACAAACCCAACAAGAGAAAGUAGCUUUUCUCAACGUGUGAGAAGUAUGACCGACACUCUGACAUAUUCCGUAGGUAUUUAUUUUAUUUAUCUUUAUUGAUCAAGAAACUCAAUGUAAAAGCUGCAAGAACACAUUCUUUACAUGAGGUUGACGGACCUUUAGUAACCGUUUGGAGAAUAUGUCCCUUUGUGUAUUGGGGUUGUUUUCUUUUUCACACAGCACUAA